CCCAGUGUCUUCGGGACAGACCCCUUAUCCAUUGUAGCCAUGACCAGAAUAAAGCAUUUCACUGAACAUGAAUGAAUGAAAAGGAAUGUAACUGUGAGUGGGGGGCACGAUGGCUGAGUGCUUAGCAUAUCUGCCUCACACCUCCGGGGUUGGAGGUUUGAAUCCUGCCUUGUCCCUGUGUGCGUCGAGUUUGCAUGUUCUCCCCGUGCUUCUGGCUACUCUGUUUUCCUCUCCCAGUCCAAACACAUGCGUUGUAGGCUGAUUAGCAUUUCCAAAUUGUCAGUAGUGUACGAUUGUCAUGGGUUAGCACCGUGCCCAUGGUGUCCCCUGCCUUGUACCCCUAGUUUCCUGGGAUAUGCUCCAGGGUUCCCACGACUCUGUGUUGUUGUUGUUGUGUUUUUUUUUUGUAUGGUUCGACGUUAAGUCACAUUUUAAAGUAAUUUAGACUUGAACAGAACGCAAAUGAUAAACCAGUCGCUAGGUAUGAGGUUAUUCUUUGGUCUAAAAGCUCUAAACAGAGAAGUUUGAAAUCCAGAAGCUAAUGCUACAGUAAGCUAUGGCACAAGAGGAGCACCACAGGCGGCGGGUUACGAUGGUGGUGAUGGUUUUGUUACUCAGCAGUCGGGUUUCUGAGGGUUUUCAGAUGGGAAACUAGCUUUCAGGGCUCUCAGGGAAAACUGGCGAUGCUGGAUGUAAUCAGUCGCGCUUGUAGCUGAUCACACUAGGCUUGAAGUGAGCUGCUUCAGGAAGGUGUUACUGUGGAGGAUUUCGCUUAUCUACUUGAACGGGCGUUUCUUUAACGUAGGGGAAGGGGGUUUGGUCUAUGUGUGUAGAGUGUGUUUAUUAUUUAUAUGACCAGCUAGUCUGCUGCAGUAGUAACACUGUGCUUGCAGUUUCCCUGUCUGCCUGUCUGUUACCUGUAAGUAUGUAGUACACGACGUUUCCGCGUCAUGUCCUGCUUAUUUUAAACACUGCUUAUGGAUUAGUGUAACUCGGGGACUGAUUGAGCAGCUGCGCUUUCGCCACUAGCACUCUGAGAGAAAAAAAAAUGCCGUCUUCGGAGGAAGGUUUAUCCGGAGGUGACGUGGUUACUGUAAAACAUGAGCUAAAAAACGCAAACCUGACGGGUCAUGUGGAACGUGUAGGCAUUGAGAAUUUCGAGCUGCUGAAGGUUCUGGGUACAGGAGCGUACGGAAAAGUGUUCUUGGUGCGCAAAGUGAGCGGACACGACUCAGACAAGCUGUACGCCAUGAAGGUGCUGAAAAAGGCCACCAUCGUGCAGAAGGCGAAGACAGCCGAGCACACGCGUACAGAGAGGCAGGUGCUGGAGCAUAUCAGACAGUCUCCGUUCCUUGUGACCCUGCACUAUGCCUUCCAGACAGACACCAAGCUUCACCUCAUUUUAGACUAUGUGAAUGGGGGAGAGCUCUUCACACACUUGGUGCAAAGGGUCCAUUUCAAAGAGCAAGAGGUCGCUUUGUACAGUGGAGAGAUCGUACUGGCACUGGAACACUUACAUCAGCUAGGGGUUGUCUACAGAGACCUAAAACUGGAGAACAUUCUUCUGGACUCAAUUGGUCACAUUGUCCUGACAGACUUUGGACUUAGCAAGGAAUUUGAUGAGCUAGAGAGGGCUUACUCGGUGUGUGGCACAAUUGAAUACAUGGCCCCUGAGAUUGUAGAAGGUGGAGAAUCUGGACAUGACAAGGCAGUGGACUGGUGGAGUCUUGGGGUACUGAUGUAUGAGCUCAUGACUGGUGGCUCUCCUUUCACUGUGGAUGGUGAUGAGAACUCCCACUCCGAUAUAGCUAAGAGAAUUCUGAAGAAGGAUCCUCCAUACCCCAAGGACAUGGGGCCCCUGGCCAAAGACAUUAUUCAGCGACUCCUCAUUAAGGACCCAAAGAAAAGGCUAGGCUCUGGGCUCUCAGGGGCUCAGGAUGUAAAGAGCCACCCUUUUUACCAGAAAAUAAACUGGGAGGAUCUGGCUGCCAAGAAAGUGCCAGCUCCCUUUAAGCCAGUCAUCCGGGAUGAACUAGACGUGAGUAACUUUGCGGAAGAGUUCACGGAGAUGGAUCCUACUUACUCCCCUGCCGCACUGCCUCAGAACUGCGACCGCAUUUUCCAGGGAUACUCCUUCAUAGCUCCCUCUAUCCUGUUCAAGAGGAAUGUGGUGAUGGAUGACCCAGUUCAGCUGUGCGGUGAAGUGGAGAGGCCUGUACCUGCUGCAGUUGCACGCAGUGCCAUGAUGAAGGACUCCCCUUUCUACGUGAACUAUGAGAUGGACCUGAAGGAGACAGCACUUGGGGAGGGAAGCUUCUCUAUCUGCAGGCAGUGCACACACAAGAAGAGUGGGCAGAAAUACGCAGUAAAGAUUGUCAGUAAAAGAAUGGAGGCACAGACGCAGAAAGAGAUAGCUGCUCUCAAGCUAUGUGAGGGACACCCCAACAUAGUCAAGCUUCAUGAGAUUUACCAUGAUCAGCUGCAUACGUAUUUGGUUCUAGAGCUGCUGCGUGGUGGAGAGCUCCUGGAGCGGAUCCGGAGGAAGCAGCACUUCAGUGAGACGGAGGCAAGCCGCAUCAUGCGGAGGCUGGUGUCCGCUGUGAGCCACAUGCACGACGUAGGUGUGGUGCAUCGGGACCUUAAACCAGAGAACCUGCUCUUCACUGAUGAAAGUGAGAGUUCAGAAAUAAAAAUAAUCGACUUUGGCUUUGCUCGGCUCAAGCCUCCUGACAACCAGCUUCUGAAGACACCCUGCUUCACCCUACAGUACGCCGCCCCUGAGAUCCUCAAAUACGGCGGUUAUGAUGAGUCUUGUGACCUCUGGAGUCUGGGGGUCAUACUGUACACCAUGCUAUCUGGCCAGGUGCCAUUUCAGUGUCAGGAGAAGGGCCUAACACACACGAGUGCAGAGGAGAUCAUGAAGAAGAUCAAACAAGGAGACUUCUCUUUCCAGGGCGAAGCUUGGAGGAAUGUGUCACAGCAGGCCAAGGAGCUCAUUCAAGAGCUCCUGACAGUAGACCCUAACAAGAGGAUAAAGAUGUGUGAGCUACGCUAUAACACGUGGCUGCAGGACGACAGCCAGCUCUCGUCCAACCCCCUCAUGACGCCUGACAUUCUGGGCCUGUCUACCGCCUCUGUAAACACCUGUGUUAAAGCCACCUUCAAUGCCUUCAACAAGUGUAAGCGGGAGGGUUUCCGACUGCAGACAGUGGAUAAGGCUCCUCUAGCCAAGCGCAGGAAGAUGAAAAAGACCAGCACAAGCACAGAGACACGCAGCAGCUCCAGUGAGAGCACCCACUCAUCCUCGUCUUCCUCCCAGUCUCAGGAGAAGACUCCUCUUCAGCUGUCUGUCAGCACGCCCCUCACACAGGGCCCUGAUGACGAUGAGCCCUCUCAGAGCGAACCACAGUCUGCUUUCAGCUUCUCAGAGUGAGCUGUCUCGUCCUCUCUGUGCGUGUUCCUCUACAUUAGCCGGGUCUCCCUUUAUCACAAAUGCAGAGCACGCAAGCAGGAGCGCCAGAGCCGAAAUCACCCGAGCCCUUCACUAGCAAUAGAUGUGUGGUGCAGGGUAGUACUGUGUGGGGGGUGUUUGAGAAAAAAGGCCUGAUCCCUUUAUGAUCCACUGAUUUCUGGACUGGUCCAGACUUAAUUCCGCACUCCUGAUCCAAGUGGCCAUGGAUCCGCAUCUGCUAUAUGUCACGUACACACAUAAGCUGAGUGUCACUCAGAGAAGCAUGACAUCAUACUCUAACUGGAACGAAUGCUCCAGUACCUGUGCUGUCUCACCCCUUUAGGCUAAAAAAAAAAUGGAAGAAAGGGAUAUUUUCUUUAUUCAAACAAAAAGAUAAGAUUUAUUAUUUAUGUGUUAAAUUAUUCUCAUGGCCCUAUGGUCAAGUCUGUUAUCUUUGGUGAAUGUCUUUGUAAAUUGAGUUGUUAAGCGUGUUGUCUCUGUCUAGAUUGGGUCAGAAGUAUGCGAUCCAGGACUUGUUUGAUUUUGUGCAGGCUUCUUCCGAUCUGAGUUUCAUGAUGAAGUAGCAGAGAUUUGUUUGCGUGUAUUCAGACAAAUCUUUUUUUUCUUUUUUCUUUUUUAAAAAAAAAGUUGUCAAGGAAGAACAUCUAACACAGUGUUCCAAAUUUAUUAUUUUAUGCAAGUAAAUGGGUUAUUUUGGGAGUAAAAAGGAUUAUUUUACUGUAUAUGUGAACGUAUAUGUUAAAAAUCUAACUAAGAUCCUAACACAUAGUGCUAAGAAACUGCAAUCAAACAAAUUCCAGUAGUGAUGGAUUUAUUCUGAGAGAGUUUUUAUCUGAUAGCCAGGUUAAAGCAGAUGUUUAUAUAAAAUGUUUUAUGCUCCACAUAUUUAACUAAAGAACAGAAUGAUGCUUCUGCAUCCCUAUAAAUAUAUUCUUUAUGUCCUAAUUUGUACGUAAUGACAAAUUAGUAAAAUAGAUUUCUAAGUAGUAAGCAGAACAAAAGGUAGCAGCAGGGAGUGUAUGCGUCAAGGUAUAUAGGCCCGGUUGCCUCAUAAUAUUAUGUCUUUGUACAGAUGGCCGAACAUUUCUCUGUACUUUCUGUGCUCGAUGUGGUGAAUUAGCCAAGUUUGGCAUUUCCGGUUAUAAUAGAUUUCAUUGUUGAAGGCACAUGAGCAUAUCAUGAGGUUAAAGGACCGUCCUUAUAAAAAUGCUCGAUAUAAUAGCAUUCUCUGUUGUACUAUUGGAAGACUUUCUACUGAUAAGACUCAACGUUGCAGUUGACCUGCUAUGCAAAAAUAGCUGCAUUUCAUUCUUUAGCAUGACUUUUGUGUAUAGGACCAUUAUGCAUUAUAAACAAGUGAGCAAAAAAAAAAACAAAACCAAAACAUCAUGCCUCUUUAAAGCCAACUAGCCUGUGUAUUAAACAGUCUCCUUCAGUAGGAGCUCACAUAUCCUUUACCUCUUUACCUUUACAUUGAAACAAGUGGUAACAUCCACAAACUGAAUCACUGAGGGCUUGUAUAGA